AAAGCAGGGGUAGAGAAUUUCUAGUUGGCAUUGAAUCCAGACUGUGUGGUGGCGAGAGGACCAGAGGAGAAAAAUGUCUGACAUAAAACUUUGGGCUGCUGUAGCUUUGAUUCUGAGCGUACAUGUUGCAUACACAGAUGCGUCCACAAUGAAAAUAGAGGCCAGCCCGGCGAACAUCUAUCCCAUUCUGACGAAAAAGCUUCAAAUAAGAUGCACUGUUAUGGCUCCAGUGGCGACAACAACAGCCAAACCUACGACCACACCGACCACAACAAAAGCUACAACAAAGGCAGCAACUACACUAACUACUACUAAAAUGGCCACCACCACAACUAAACCUGCCUUGACGACAACUAAACCUGCCUUGACGACAACUAAACCUGCCUUGACGACAACUAAACCUGCCUUGACGACAACUAAGCCUGUCUCGACAACUAAAGCUAACGUAUCAACGACAUCUGCAACUGUAAACUUAACCGGCAAAGCAAUAAACACGACUACGACAAACGCACAAACAACAUCUACCACAACAACCACUACAACAAAACCAACAACCACGCAACCAAAGACAACAACCAUCCUAACUUCCCCCACCACUGUAAACCCCACCACCUCUACCCAGGUCGACUUGACAUACCUCCUGUCAAUCGUCAUUUCAAAACAGAACUCGGCCACAGGUAAAACUGAGACUGUGGCUAGUGUAGCUGGACGCCUCGCGGCCAAUGCCGAGGUCCAGUAUCUGGGAACUGUCGAGGUCCAAGGUAACACAGACAACUCGACAAAAUCGGGGGAACAAGGUUUCUUACAGCUGACCUGGAACUAUCCACUGGCGCAACAUGGCGGCAACUACAUUUGUACCGCGUCUGGCCUCAACUCAGCCAAACAAACUGUCUCGUUAAGUACAUCCGUGCAGAUUGCGGUGACACAGCCCAACAUUUCCGACCUGGUCAGUUACAUUUCUGACCAUGAUAAAUCACUCACAGAUUUACAGCUUCAAGCAUCACAACAGAGUCAGAGCACCCAAGACAUGAAACUUGACAUGGAGGAACUAGAGGCUAAUCUAACACAAGAGACAACGGAACUAUUUGAGGAAGCGGAUGGACUACCCGGACGUACAAUUCAAUCCGGAAGUUCAGGUUGCUAUAACAACUACAUAUAUUUUCCUACUAUGUUUAACGCGACUCCUGUAGUAUUUCUGUCAGUUUCUAGUUUGAACUUUUAUUAUAACUAUUGGUAUGGUGGCGUUGAAUCGACAUGGCAAGUAUUAAUCCAAGAUGUGACACAAAGUUACUUUGUUUUUAACUGCAAUAACAACAACUAUUUGACUAUACAAAAUGUUGACUGGGUUGCUAUGUAUUAGCUACAUUGUAUGAUACAUGGCCUAGAUUAUGUGUAUACUAUACUUUCCCAGUUAACAACUGUACACGUCUAACACGGUCUAUGUAUGAUUCGUAACUGUACACGUUUAAAUUCGCAUUCUAAAUAACUGUAACCUGCAUGUUUAUUUUAUAUAGACACUAUAUUAUUAUAAUAAGAUUUAUGUGAACAUUGUUUUUUAAGUGAGAUACUUUUGAAUUUAUUCUCACUGAUGUCUUGAUUAGGGUUUAGUUUUGUUAUUUUGUACUUUUAUUCUUACUAUGGUAUUUAGUGAAAAUGUAUUCAGCUUAUUUAAAUGUUCACUCUUAAUGAGUUAACGCACAUGGUAAUCCUAAUUAAAGCUUGAUUUGAGUACGAGAAAU